CAGAUCCCUCACACGUCGGCGAAGCUACCAGUAACAGCUCCGUUCAAAUUGUCAAGCAUCAUGAACGCCUUCACUUUAGCCAUCGCCUGCCUUCUGGUGGCCGGCGCCCACUGCGGCGCAGUCUUCACCUACGGCGUUCCGGGCACCGUGUCCGUCGUUCACCACCAGCCUGUGGCCAGGCCUCUGGUUCAGCAGCACCUGGUUCAUCACGUGGUCCAGCAGCCCUCGGUGGUUCGGAGCGUAGUCCACCAGCAAGUGGUCCACCAGCCCGUGCUGCACCAGCAGGUGGUUCACCAGCCAGUGGUGUACCAGACCGCGGUCAGAGCUCCCGUGGUGGCGCAGCACAAGGAACUCGUGCACGUGCCUCACCACGAGCACGGCUACACCAUCGAGCACAGCAGGCUUGUCCAGCCAAAGUCCACCGUCAUCCACCACCACCCUCUGACCGGCCUGCCGUACCAGCAGACCGACUACCACCACGCCCCAGUGGUGACCGGAUCCCGCAGCUCGGUGUACCACAGCCGGCCAGGCUACAUCGCCGAGCGUACGAAGACCUACGUCCUCUGAACAUUUCGCCACCCACGGUCGCCAUCCUGACCGGCGUAUCAUCCAUUCAUCACUCUUCGGCUGCUAUUUUUCACUAGGGAAUAAAUGGGAUGUU